CCCGGGUGCCGGGCGCGGGGCUCGGUGACAGCGGAGGCGGCUGCUACGGGCGGGACGCAGAGAGCCGCGUCGACGCGGACGGCGGCGGGAAGUGCAGACGAGGGCGGGCCUCCCCGGUGGCGCGUAGCCCGAGGAGCCCGGGAGCGGGCGGCGAGCGCAGCUCGCGGGUCGGGCACCCCAACUUGAGACAAGUUGCCGGAACCUCCCGACGCCGGCGGCGGACAGCUUGACCUUCAGGGCGGAGGGAGCCUGCGCCCGCAGCCGCCAUGGCGUCGCGCAUCGGGCUGCGCAUGCAGCUCAUGCGGGAGCAGGCGCAGCAGGAGGAGCAGCGGGAACGCAUGCAGCAGCAGGCCGCCAUGCAUUACAUGCAGCAGCAGCAGCAGCAGCAGCUGGGAGGGCCACCCACCCCGGCCAUCAACACCCCCAUCCACUUCCAGUCGCCACCACCGGUGCCAGGAGAGGUGCUGAAGGUGCAGUCCUACCUGGAGAACCCCACCUCCUACCACCUGCAGCAGUCCCAGCACCAGAAGGUGCGGGAGUACCUGUCCGACACCUAUGGGAACAAGUUCGCCGCCCACAUCAGCCCCGCACAGGGAUCCCCGAAGCCCCCACCCGCCGCCUCCCCUGGAGUGCGGGCAGGACACGUGCUGUCCACCUCCGCGGGCAACAGCGCCCCCAACAGUCCCAUGGCCAUGCUGCACAUCAGCUCCAACCCCGAGAAGGAGUUCGAUGACGUUAUUGACAACAUCAUGCGGCUGGACAACGUGCUGGGCUACAUCAACCCCGAGAUGCAGAUGCCCAAUACGCUACCCCUGUCCAGCAGCCACCUGAACGUGUACAGCAGCGACCCCCAGGCCACGGCCUCACUGGUGGGUGUCACCAGCAGCUCCUGCCCCGCAGACCUGACCCAGAAGCGAGAGCUCACAGAUGCUGAGAGCCGAGCCCUGGCCAAGGAACGACAGAAGAAAGACAAUCACAACCUAAUUGAGAGGAGGCGGAGGUUCAACAUCAAUGACCGCAUCAAGGAGUUGGGGAUGCUGAUCCCCAAGGCCAAUGACCUGGACGUGCGCUGGAACAAAGGCACCAUCCUGAAGGCCUCGGUGGAUUACAUCCGGAGGAUGCAGAAGGACCUGCAGAAGUCCCGGGAACUCGAGAGCCACUCUCGGCGCCUGGAGAUGACCAACAAGCAGCUCUGGCUCCGCAUCCAGGAGCUGGAGAUGCAGGCCCGAGUGCACGGCCUCCCCACCACCUCCCCUUCCGGCAUGAACAUGGCGGAGCUGGCCCAGCAGGUGGUGAAGCAGGAGCUGCCUGGCGAAGAGGGCCCGGGGGAGGCGCUGAUGCUGGGGGCCGAGGUCCCCGAGCCUGAGCCGCUGCAGGCCCUGCCUCCCCAGGCCCCGCUGCCCCCACCCGCCCAGCCCCCGUCGCCAUUUCAUCCCCUGGACUUCAGCCACAGCCUGGGCUUUGGGGGCGGGGGUGAUGGCCCCGCGGCCUACCCCGACCCCCUGGGGCCAGAGCACAGCUCCCCAUUCCCCAGCCUGUCCAAGAAGGAUCUGGACCUCAUGCUCCUGGACGACUCGCUGCUCCCGCUGGCCUCCGACCCCCUCUUCUCCACCAUGUCGCCCGAGGCCUCCAAAGCCAGCAGCCGCCGGAGCAGCUUCAGCAUGGAGGAGGGCGAGGUGCUGUGACUCAGCGCCCGCCCCCCCGCGGCCUGCUCCAUGUGUGAAGUAGCCGGCCCUCCGCCCUCGCCCCCCUGCGGGCCUCACGGGACUGGGGGCCUCCUCGGCAGCACCCGGGGCUCAGCACCCCCUCGGGUCACCCUGUCCUCGGGGCUGGCUGGGAACUGGCUCUCAGCCGACUUCUGGAGGUGACAAUGACAGGGAAGUGGGGGGCUGGGGCAGGCUAGGACUUAGCUCCUGGCGGGAGAGUCCAUCUUCUGAGCCUGAGCCCCUUCCCCCACGAAGCCCGGGAGGAGCAAGGGGUUCCGGACGAGCCCUCCCUGACGCAGCUGCUAGUCUGCAGGUGCCCAGGCUUGCCUUCUAGGGGUGACAACAAGCCUGUCCCCCUGCCUGGUACUCCCCCGCCCCUCCCCCUUUGGUGCUAACAGCUCUCCCCUGGGUGGUGUGAGGGGUUCGGGUUCGGGGUUGAGCGCGGGACCGCUGCGGAAGAGCAGCUCCCUCCAGCCCCCACGUUGUGCCUUUAGUAAACACUGUGCUUUGUA